AUCGACUGAGCAUCCAAUGUCAGCUCCCCGUUCGAUGGCACUUGGAGAGAUCCUGAGUCUGAUACCGCGUGUUAUUGACGAUGUCAAUUGUACGCUUGGUGCUUCUCCGUGUAGUCCCUACCUCAACACGAAUGCCAACGUCUCACUGGGCCCUUUGGCUAAUGAUGCGCGACACGCCGUAACCGAGUACACAGCACUUCUGGAUAGCCUCCACCGCGCAGCAUCUACGCUUUCUCAGUGUGCCAUCAAAGUCAACGAGUCCAUCCAAGCCCACAAGCGGCUGGUCUCUGCCGCGACUCGUCUUCCACCCGAGAUACUAGGAUCCAUCUUCGUCCGGGCUCUUCCACCAAUGAAAGAUGCUUUUCGUGAAACAGAUCUCGACUUCCGGUUCUUCACAUAUAUUUCUGAAGGGCGGCGAGUUGCUAUCAACUUCGCACAGGUCUGCAGAAACUGGCGUGAAAUAGCGCUACACUGCACAGAGCUAUGGAACCCCAUUUUCGUCAAGCUCGCCCCUGAGUCACUUGGCAACCGGUCGGCACCCGUCGAGGAGCUUGUGCGAAGAGCGAACAAGGACGAUGCGCCGCUCACAUUGGUGGUCGAUGCAUCUGCCGAUGACAUUGGUCUGUUUGAGCGCGAGAAAUUACAGGAGGCAUGCCAGGGCUCGCUUGCGCCUUUUCAAAAGCGAUGCACUGCGAUCGAGAUCGACAUCCGGGAGGGCGUGGUACUAUCCCCACUCCUCGCACACCUUUCUCAUCCAUCUGGCCUUUCCCGCUUGCGCUUGAUGGGUGACAUCUUUCCUACUGGGCCUCACGGGCCUGCCUUGCUCGACUCAGUGAGGCACCCUGCACUCGCUGACUUGACGCUUCAGGCGUUCAGACAACCCCUUGACUUCGGCCGCGUCUUCACUCCCUCAUCGAGAUGGGAUAAGCUAGUCUCUUUGCAGCUGAUUACUGGCGGAUUCGCCAAUGAUGAAGCUCCCCAUCAGGUCGUGCGCAAGCUUCUCUUUGUCUGUCCUUCUCUCCGCCAACUCCUCGUCCGGGCUACUACAGACCAGGGAUUUGCAUCCUUGCAAGACAACAUCAUUGCUCCUACGUCGAUGUCACAGCAAAACACAUUAAACAUAGACACAUCCGAGAUCAUCACCUCCACUUCUUUGCGUGCACUGGUACUCGUUGUCCACAACACCCUCAUGGGUAGCACGCUUCUCUCCUUACUCCGCUGCCCAUCGCUGCACACCUUAGUGAUCAGCCCGUUCGUGAUGCUUCCGAGUCUCGAGACUUUCCUUACCCACGCGGGAUCAGCAAAGAGGCUUGUAAUAACUACAAACUACUCCCCUGUGGACGUCGCGGUUGGCAAGAUCAGGGACGCAUUCCCGUCAUUGGCUGUGGAGCUAGCCAAUAUCAGAGAGGGCAAGGAGUGGUUUGCGCUGCCGUUGUGGUACAAAGACAGGGAGGAUGUCGCAUGGGAGGCAUAA